AAUCCAGUUUUGCAUGGAAGACCACUCGAUUUCGAUGUCUAAGCAAAGAAAGCAGAGAGGGGGCAAACAACGACCCGUUCCUAUUGUAUCUCAGUCUUCAAGUGCUGAAGUUUCCCAGGAUGACUUUGAGAGAGAGCUUUACUGGUGCAUACAGCAGAUCCAGCUUCGCCUUGCAAAUAAACAUGUUGAUGCAAAACAAGCUGCUGAGAGCGUCCGCAUCUUGAAGAUCUUGAAAAAUCCCAAUGGACCGCUUGUAAAGAAACGACAGGUGAUGAGAAGUACGUUUGGAGACUACAGAGCCAAGAUGAAGGAGGAAGAGAAAAAGUUUGGGAUACAUAAAAAGGCAAGUGUCAAAACAGUAUCGGAUCGACAAAAACAACGAUGCACGUUCAUCAAAAAGGCAACAAAACCACAACAGGAAAUAAAAGAGCCACACUCUGUGGCUGAGAUAGAACCAGGGUUCACAUUCAAAGCAUCUCAGGAAGAUUUCAAUUUUGGAUUUGAUGCUUCGGAUUCUGGGGAGGGAGACCUGUGUCCGAAAGAAUCCUCAACCCAGAUUUCUCAUCAGGAUUCUGGCGUUGGAAAAGGAACUUCUUACAAUGGCAGUGUUCAAGAGUUCAAGUUUAACUUUCCUGUUGGCGAUAAAGACAAUGAACAGUCUAGUGCAGAUACGUCUGGGAUGGAUUGUCCAAUUCAUGCCGUCCGCGGACAUGAUGUGACUUGUGACGGUGACCAAUCAGUUGCUGGUCUGAGCAAAGGUGUUAACGCCAUGUCUAUGAUCAGUGAAACUGGACCCAAACCGCAAAAAGACGUUUUGAAUGACAAUGCACCUUUUAGCUGGAAGACAUCACCUGAAAGCUUUUCAUUUCAUUUCAAAAUAGAUGACGAUUCUUGAAUAAA